AGUCUGCCCUAGCCCCUUUCUGUGAGCACCAUCCAAAGAAGCAGAAGGGGAGGGCGAGCGGGCAGGGAGGCAGUAAGGCAUGGAAGGAGCGACGAGAGAAGAAGGGUGCGCUGAAGCGGACAGGGGGGGAUGGGAGCAAGGGUGAAAAGGAGGGGGUAAGGGAGAGGGACGAGGGAGGUGAAGGGCUAGCGGAAGGGAGAAGCGAAAUGGAUGUGCUGAAGAGGCGGGUAGACGAUGGGUGCAAGGGCGGGAAGGAAGUAGGACGGGAGGAGGGAGGAGAAGGGGAGAAGGACGAAAAACGGGACAGAAAAAGGAGCGAAAGGGAGGAGAAUGGGGCCUUGCAUAGUGAGGGCGAGGAGGGCGAAAAGAAGGAAGGGUUGAAGGGGAAGCGAACAGAAGCGAUGGUGGUGGCUAUCGAAUCGACUCGGAAUGUGGAGCGUAACGGCGCUGAGUUAGAAAAGGAGGAAGGGGUGGAGGGGAAGAGGGCUGCAGUGGUGGUGGCGGGGAGGACGGACAAGGGCGUGCAUGCAGCAGGGCAAGUGUGUGCCUUCCACACAUGGAAGAAUCCCCUGGAUCUCACAGCGGUAGCUGCAGCUGCUGAUGCAGACAUGUGCUAUCAGCCCUCCCCCUUUUCCCCGCUCAUCCCUUCCCCUCCACUCCCCGUCCUCACCCCUCCCCUGCAAUCAGACACGUGGAAAGACCCCCUUGAUCUCACAGCAGUAGCUGCAGCUGUUGAUGCAGUGACCAAGGGAAGCCUGAGAGUCAUCAGCAUUUCAAAGUCCCUUCUCUCUCCCCCUUCCCCCCUCACUUGCAAGUCCCUCGCUCCUUCCACCCACAAUUUUCAGUCCGCUGGCGCUGUCAUCUCUAGUUUUGAGACGUCCCUCGCUCCUUCCACCCGCAAUUCUCAGCCCGCUGGCGCCGCUACCUCUACCUGCUGCCGCUUCUGCUGCAGUGGGAGUGAUGCUCAUCAGACCGCCCAACCCAAUACUUCUGCUCACCAUCUCCCUCUCCCUUUCCCUUCCUGCCCUUCAGGUCCCGCGCUCCUUCCACCCGCAAUUCUCAGCCCGCUGGCGCCGCUACCUCUAUGUGCUGCCAUUGCUGCAGUGGGAGGGGUGCGCCUUAGGAACCCUGAGCAUGAAAAGGACCUUUCUGGUGCUGUUGAUGAUGGUGCUUUUGAGUCGACUCAAAGCCAUGUUAAGAAGGCGUGUGUGGCAGUACAGGACCUUUCUGGUGCUGUUGCUGAUGGUGGUGGCGCCGCUGGUGACAGUGCUGCUGGUGGUGCUGCAGCUGGUGAUGGUGCUGAUGGUGGUGGCGCCACUGGUGACAGUGCUGCUGCUGUUGAUGGUGGAAACGGUGCUGGUGCUGGUGCUGGUGCUGGUGCUGUUUAUUCAAUAAAGGAGGAUGCGAAUGGCAAAACGACCAUCCCGUGCCACAUUCCCCUGCAUGCUCUGGAGACCCAUACCCGCGCCCAUGGCCCCACCUGCUUCCGCGCGUUUGUCCGCGACACUGCUGCUGGCAGAGGCAGACCCAUGCAUGCUCUGGAGACCCAUGCAUGCUCUGGAGACCCAUGCAUGCUCUUGAGACCCAUGCAUGCACCCAUGGCCCUACCUGUUUCCGAGCAUUUGCCCGAGACACUGCUGCUGGCAGAGGCAGGUGAGAGAGGGCAGGUGAGGAGGACGGGUGAGGAGGGCAGCGGAUCCGCUACAGUGUGCAACCUCUGGCGAGCAAGAGCCUUAGAAGCGAACUUACCGGUUGCUGCAGAGAAAGCUGGUGAACCAGAAGGAGCAUUGGCAGAGGGCCGUGCAAUGUGCGUCCCAACAGGAGAAGCAGGAGCAGCGGGAACAGCAGGGGUAGCAUCAGCAGCAGGAGGAGCAGGCAUGCGAGUUCUGUGUGUGGAGCUGAUGGUGCGAGUGCUGGUGGCGACGGCAGUGAGGGAGGCAGCAGCAGGGGGAGGUGACACCUGUCUGCUGAGGCUGGCAGCAACAGGGGAGAGGCGGUCCACAGCUCCCCCUGCCCCUGCUGCUGGCCUGUGCCUGGUGGAUGUCGGCUACAGUGAUAUCUUGCCUCUACCCUUAGGCUGCUGA